CCUGCAAAGAAACUUACUUUUAGAGUACAAGUUGGCAUCAACAGAAGUUACUACAGUCACAGUAAAACUUAAGCUUCAGAACCUGACACAUACGAAUAUAUCAAUAUCUUUAAGCGAGUAUCCAUCUAGAAAUUUCCAAUCAGAACUAGGCAUUUGAAGUUCAUAACAAGUGAUAAAAUCCAAGAAAGCAGCAGACUUUAGCCCUAGCUGAACAUGCAAAAUGACAGCUCGCUUAGAGCGUUAUACCAGCAAAACAAAGAAAUUGGAAUUGCAUUGAUACAGAUUGCAUAACCCAACAAGAAGAAAACCAAAAUCCAUUCGCUUCAUUGGAAAGAAAAUGGAACUUCAGUGCCAAGCCUUUACAGUCGAGAUGCAUGAGAGACCUAUCAGUUUAGCUCAAUCUUGAACCAAUCGAGCAGGCUAGCAAUUCAGGCUUUUGCCCCCCACCCACAAACUUAAAAGGAGAAAGAAAGAAAGAACGAAUCCGGCAAAUUCAGCUUGAGCAAAAUCUUUUUGAACCAACAAAGGAAAAUGGAUUGGGGAAAGCGACGAUAAAGAAGCUGCUUACCCAAAAUUUCCCGGAUACCAAACAUACAAGCAAGAAAGAAGCGCAAGGAGAUGAACAAUUAGGGUUUUUCGAAGUAGAGAGUAUUUACCUUGAACAGAACAGUGGAGUCCGGCCGCUCCCGCUCUCAGCCUCCGGGAAUGAAUCUGAAAUCAGGAGAAUCAAAUGGAACGAGGGAGAUUUUGAAAUUCGCUGCUGUAUUAUUGUACUAGCUAAUCUUUAUUAGCUUCAAUUUUCCUGAAUUACAUAGAGGAUCCGAAUCGAAUCUCUUCACUCUUCACUUUUAUCUCGUGCCUCUUUUAUAUUUUUCAUCUAUUUCACUAACGAAAUGUAAUAAAAAAGAGAAAAGUUACCUCACCGUUGCUCACACGCAACAUAGUCUGAUGAGUCAUUUUGUAACACCUUAACCGAAGCUCGUAUCGAUAAAGCACGGAGAGAUUCAUAAUUCAUAAUUGAGAAACUCACAUUGAUCAACAGUACGCAUUUUGAGGUGAAACACAAAGUUCUUAUAAGAAUUCCAAAGUUAACCGUGCAACUAUGGAGCACUGGAAGGAUCCGUGGUUUUAUGGGAAACCACCUUAAUAUGCACCCCCCAAGACUAAAUCAGCGAGAGUCUAGGCCCAAAGUGACAACAUCUUGUCGGGAAAAAGUUCGGAAUGUUACAAGUGUCAUCAGAGUCUCUAUGCAUCCUUCUUGAACGAUGAUGGGGGCAAAGCUCACAAAGGAGGUGUAUGUAAACACCUUAGAAGAAUCUCGCAUCGACAAAUCACGGAAGAGAUCCAUGAUUUGUAAAUAAGAACCCAGUCUCAACUGACAAACGUGUUUUGGUGUGAAAUAGAGGAGUUCUUGUGAAAAAUACAUAGUUAAACAUGCUCAUUAUGGAUCACUGAAAGGAUGCGUGACUUUAUGAGAAGUCAUUUUAAUAUGCACCAACAGCUAAAAUUCGUGAAGGUAUAGGUUCAAAGCGAACAAUAUCUUGUUAGAAAAAAAUUCACGAUGAUACACGAGCGUUGUUGGGCCGAAUCCCUUUCCCAAAUCGACCUCUUCACCUUCUCCACCAAAGUUGCACUCUGAAAGAUUCAGACCACGGUAAGGGUUUGUGCUCUUUUCUUUUUUCCCAGAAUGGAUGGGGUAAAUCUUUAUUAGUAAAAUAGAUGAAAAAAUAAAAGGAUGCUCAAUUAAUUGACUAUAAUUUGAAUAUAAUGAUUAUUUGAUCUUUUAUUUGAACUAAAAUGAGAAAGUGUUGUAAAAUGUUAUUUCACUCUGUCAUGUGGUAAAAAAGAUUUUUUUUUUUCUUCUAGCUCCUAGGUAUGCUUAGGGGAGGAGCUAGGCACAAGCAUAGUAAUGGCAGAAAAAAAAAACCCCCCAAAAUUGGUAUUGUCCAAACCCAAUUAUUACGAGUAAGUUCAAGUUUGAAAAUAUCACUUUUGAAUCAUACUCAUACCCUCCAAAAAACAAAAGUUUGGAUCUAAAUUAGACCCAUUAUAUUGAUUACCCAAAAGAAAAUGGAUGAUUCUCAUAAAAAAAAAUGGAUGACCAAUUUGCAUUUUUCUUUGUUUAAAACAAACAUGAACGUGGAAACACCAACAUUUCAAGGUGUGAAUUGGUUGAAAACGAAUAGUGAGAUUAUCGAUGGUAUUUUUUCGGGCAUAUCUACACAUAAUAUAAUACGCCGAAGGGAAAAACGGGAGCCCCAUUUCAAAUUUCCUGCAACGAGAGUGAAAGUAGGAAGGACAUUUUGGUCUUCACAAUUACUUUUUUUUAUUCAUUAAAAAAACAAGUACUGGGAUUCGAACCAUGACCAUUUAAAAAAAAAACGAGAAUCACAACCAAUCACACUAAGUAUAUUUGUUGUAUCUUUUUAAAUUAAGAACAUAUAAUAGCAGGGAGGAAAUAACUCUUCCCCCAUUUCAAAUUCCCUACAACAGGAGCGUUCCCAUUUCAAAUUCCCUGCUCCAGGAGCAUUUGUAGGAAGGGUAUAAUAGGGAGUGUCGGUUUUUUUCUCUUUCCUUUGUGGAACGGGCCAACUUAUCGUACACAUGCGGAUUUGAACGGGUCUAGGAGUGUCAAUCUACACAUAAUAUAAUACGCCGAAGGGAAAAACGGGAGCCCCAUUUCAAAUUUCCUGCAACGAGAGUGAAAGUAGGAAGGACAUUUUGGUCUUCACAAUUACUUUUUUUAUUCAUUAAAAAGACAAGAACUGAGAUUCGAACCAUGAUCAUUUUAAAGAAAAACGAGAAUCACAACCAAUCACACUAAGUACAUUUGUUGUAUCUUUUUAAAUUAAAAACAUAUAAUAGCAGGGAGGAAAUAACUCUUCCCCCAUUUCAAAUUCCAUACAACAAGAGCGUUCCCAUUUCAAAUUUCCUGCUCCAGGAGCGUUUGUAGGAAGGGUAGAAUAGGGAGUGUCAGUUCUUUUUCUCUUUGCUUUGUGGAACAGGCCAACUUACCGUACACAUGCGGAUUUGAACGGGUCCAGGAGUGUCAAUUUUUUUUCUUUAAGCCACGAGAGUGAAAGUAGGAAGGACAUUUUGGUCUUCACAAUUACUUUUUUGUAUUCAUUAAAUAGACAAGUACUGGGAUUUGAACCAUGAUCAUUUUAAAGAAAAACGAGAAUCACAACCAAUCACACUAAGUACAUUUGUUGUAUCUUUUAAAUUAAAAACAUAUAAUAGUAGGGAGGAAAAAACUCUUCCCCCAUUUCAAAUUCCCUACAACAAGAGCGUUCCCAUUUCAAAUUCCCUACUCCAGGAGCGUUUGUAUGAAGGGUAGAAUAGAGAGUGUCAAUUUUUUUUCUCUUUCCUUUGUGUAACGGGCCAACUUACCGUACACAUGCGGAUUUGAACGGGUCCAGGAGUGUCAAUUUUUUUUCUUUAAGACCUUUUAUUUCUCCGUGGUGAUAAAAUAUAUAUGAAAAAGCAAAAAUAAUACUUCUUUUUAUUGCUAAACAUAAAAAAUUUAACAAUAAACUAAUGCAUGGUAUCUAAUGGGCUAACCGCUAACCAUAAAAUAAAAGAGUUUGAUGGGUCUGACCUACACGGGAUUUGGCCAUCAAGUAAAACAAAUGAACAUCAUUGGUUUGACAUUCUAAAACAAGCUAUUUUCUCUGGCAUAAUAUAUAUUAUGCGAUUAUUUUAUAUCUUAGUGGCUAAAAUAUAAUGUAUUUUAAAGUUAUUCAAUGGUUCAACCUCGACCAACCCAAUUAGUCCAAUUUUUAUCAUUUCAAAUAUAUAUUAUAUAAUUAUUUGAUAUCAUAAUGAUCAAAUUAUAGUUUAUUUUAUAGGGAAUCAUCUGAUAUUUGUUAGUAAAAAACUAAACAGAAAGAUCUAUUUGGUUAUUUUAAACAUUAAAAUGAUCCUAAAUAUUUUCAGUUCCUUUUGAAUUUCUAUGGUUUUAUUCGCGAAUAAGUGAUGUGCAAAUGGCGAAUUGCAGUCAUAUCUUUUCUUUCACUAUUUUUUAUUUUCAAAUAGAAAGUUUAAAAGUAAAGAAUAAUUAGAAUUUGACAUGGGUCGGUCAAACAGGCUGAGUUUCAAGUUUUGGCCCGUUUUGAUCAAGUCUAAUUUAUAAUCACAUGGUUCCUGAUACCCGAUAAAAAUCUCAAUCCAAACCAGUUUGUCAAGUGAGUCCGUGUUUACCACCAUUUUCUAGGGAUACGACAACGGCAAUUCCUAUCCCAAAUCGUGUUGUUCGUUCUUGAUUUCCUUAGAUUUUAUUAUGGCCUGACAAAAACCAUAAAGUCCAAUGAUGACAAAAUGAAAGUUUUAUAAAGCAAAUUAAUCGGCCAACGGACCGAGUAAAAGCUAGCAACGAUUGUGAGAUGCUCAUUUCCCGAAAACCAACGGGAUAGACGAUUUUUUAAUCGAUUUUCUGGAAUUCGGUUUCUAUAAAACUUACUCCUCCUCAUCAUAUUAUUAGAAACAAUAUUGUUUCACAAGGUAACAUGUACUUGAUUUUGGUUCAUAAGGCCGAUUUUUUGAUUCGUUGCAUCAUUCAUGUCUCUUCCUACUAAAAUUCACUAUUUUUAUCACGUGUUUCCCAAAAAAACUAUGUAACAAUAAGCUAUACACCCCCAUUACAUUAUCAAAUUUCAUACCUCACCUUCCUCCGGCCAACUGGCCGGGGCUCACACUAGUAAUUAUAUAGACCACAAAUAGAUCUAUUUAAGUCUAACUCAAUCCAAACCCCAAACUAUCAAAAUUACAUAUAAGUCCAUUUGAGUUCAACCCAAUAUCCGUAUAUGUCAUAACAAUUGAAUUCAAUUACCUAAUAUAUCGACUCAUUGUCAUUCCUAACUAGGCAAGACUCAAUUGUCCGCCUUAUGCAUAUCACUUUCCUAAUCUUGCAUAUUUGUAGAAAAUGGAAAUAAUGUCUGCCAAGGUAACUAGAGUAUGAACUUUACCAGAAAAUGGAGGUGACGAAGUGUGUUUAUUUCACCCCGGUUCCCCAUCAACAUCAUUGUUAGAGUAAACAAAGAUCUUUUCUUUUUUUGGGACGAACAAAUAAACAAAAGAUUAACAGGGCAAAAUGCUUGGAGGCUAUCAAUAUCAUUACGCUAAAGUUGGUCCUAUGAUGUAGAAAUCCGUUCCAUAAUUACAAUUUAUCACGAAGUUGACUCCCGCGUCCAUACAAGAUCCGACAAAAUUGCGCAAUUUUAAAAAGCGUCGCGAAGAAAAAACAGGGGGAGACUUGUACCAGAGACCACGUUCUAGCCACCAGUAGUUGCUGCUGUCCAAAAUUUUCAAGCUUUCAUUAACUCUCUCCCCAUUUCGCAGCGACUAAAAUGAUAGCCAUGGCGUCGGUGGCGUUGAUGCUGGCGAGAGAAAGAUAAAGAGACAGAUUUGUAGAACAUGCUGCGCUAUCGGUUAUUAUUGUUGAGUUGAAUUGAAUCAAAAGCCCUCUCUCUGUCUUUUUGUGCCUGGUUGGAUUUCCAUUAUGCAGAGGGAAGGGAAGAAAGUAGAAUAAAGAAAGCGGAAAAGCUUUGCCUAGUUGGAGUUUGCAGCAGCAGCAGCAGGUACCAUUACCAACCAACUGCUAGUCUAGUCGCCCCCACGUUUCUCUCUGCGUAUUUUGUGGGUUAAACACACACUCCACCAUCCUUCGUCGAAGUCCUUUCUUUUUCUUUCCAUUUCCUCUGUUUCGUGCCUACUCUUCUCCACGACGAUUACCCUCUCCCGGAAACUCCAGGAAGAGAAUGAAAUGUGGAAGCCAUUAUUGCUUUUGGACUUCUGGGUUUUGAUCCUCUCCCCUUUUCAUCUUCUGGGUACUCCUGCAUUCCCCUCAAUUCACUGCUGAAAGAUUUUUGAAACCCUAGUGCUUCCUUCACCAGAAGUGAGCUACAACAUUGAGGGUUUCCUCUGAUUUGGGGUCUGCUGCUCUUGAGGUAACUUAAUUCCCAAUCUUUUGUCUAAGUUGUUGGGUUUCCAGCUGAUCUGGGUGCCCUACUGAAGAGAAGUAAUUGCUACGCUGCUUUUGCUUGAUCCCCCCAAAAUCUGGGCAUUGAACCCUGAGAUAUGUUCAUGUAGUGGUAUUUUAGGGUUUCUAGGUCUCUGUGUCUCUCUAAUGAGCAGUUCAUGAUGCAAAGUUGAGGACUUGAGGUAGUAGAACUAUUGGCAGAGAUAACAAAAGAGAAGAAAAGAAAAAGAAAUGGCUUCAUCUGCACCUGCACCAGACUCUUCUAGUAACUCUGCAACUCCACCAUCGCCAACCAUUAUCCCAUUGCCAUCUCUUCUGCCUCCAACUCCCACUUCAAGCCAGCCUGAUCAGACCACAGAUCCUUCUUCCCCACCGCCUUCUACCCCUGCUGCUCCUCCUCCUUCCCCGCCGCUACCACCGCCGCCAACAGCAGCAGCAGCUCCACCACCGUCAACUCCGGCAUCUCCACCACCAUCAUCAUCUCCACCUCCAUCAUCGCCACUUCCAACCUCUCCACCGCCAUCAGCUCCCGUUGACAAUCCUCCUCCCCCUCCAGAUGCCACUAUUUCACCUCCUGCUCCAGAUGCUUCUCCACCACCGCCGCCGCCGCCAGAGGUUAUAAGCUCUCCUCCACCCCAGGCCUCCCCUACAACUCCUGAUCUAUCCCCUCCACCACCUCAAGCUGUAUCCCCUUCACAACCACCACCAUCACCUCCUUCGGAUGACCCAUCACCGCCAACAAAAGCAAAGCCUCCCAAAGGUCCCCAUAAACGCCCCAAGGAUUCUCCCCCACCUUCUUCUCAACCUGAUAGCCCUCCUCCUACGGCCACAUUGCCAUCUCAACCUCCUGGGGUCCCUUCAACACCUUCUGUACUUUCUCCUCCAGCUCCUCCGGGGGAUUCUUCGAGCAAUGGCAGCGCUGCCACUUCACCUUUCCCCUCUAUCCCUACCGAGAAACCAACUGCAAGGGCUACUACUGAUGGUAGUGGUACAAAUGUUUCUGGAAAUUCGACAUCUCCUUCUAGGAGUUCGAACGAUGCAACCGUGGCAAUUGGUGUUGUGGCUGGGCUGGCGAUAGCUGGCCUCCUUGUGAUGGCUGUGUGGUUACUACAUUACAGAAAAAGAAGGCGUGAUAAGGCGGAUAUUGGUUACACCAUGCCUUCUCCAUUUGCUUCUUCUCAAAACUCAGAUGCGUUGUUUUUGCGGCCUCAAUCUUCUGUCCCCCUGCAAGGAAGCCCUUCAGGCAGUGAUUUCAUGUAUUCCCCAUCUGAAGCUGGCGGGCUAAACAAUUCCAAGUCUUGGUUCACCUAUGACGAACUGCUCCAGGCUACAAAUGGUUUCUCAAAACAGAAUCUCUUAGGUGAAGGUGGAUUCGGUUGUGUAUAUAAAGGUGUUCUGGUAGAUGGAAGAGAAGUAGCUGUAAAGCAGUUGAAAAUUGGUGGGUCUCAGGGUGAACGCGAGUUUAGAGCAGAGGUGGAUAUUAUUAGUCGAGUACAUCACCGCUAUCUGGUUUCAUUGGUGGGUUAUUGCAUAUCUGAUCAUCAAAGACUGUUGGUCUAUGACUAUCUUCCCAACGAUACUCUGCAUUUUCAUCUCCACACUGAAGGCAGGCCAGUCAUGGAUUGGGCAACACGAAUCAAAGUUGCAGCUGGUGCUGCUCGUGGCUUAGCCUACCUGCAUGAAGACUGCCAUCCCCGAAUUAUUCACAGAGAUAUAAAGUCAUCAAACAUCCUUCUUGAUGACAAUUUCGAUGCCCGGGUGGCAGAUUUUGGACUAGCAAAACUAGCUUUGGAACUGGAUUCAAAUACGCACGUCAGCACACGUGUGAUGGGAACUUUUGGGUACAUGGCUCCAGAGUAUGCCCAAAGUGGAAAGUUGACUGAGAAGUCCGAUGUUUAUUCCUUUGGGGUUGUGCUUUUGGAACUAAUUACAGGCCGUAAACCUGUAGACCCUUCUCAGCCUCUCGGUGACGAGAGCCUGGUUGAGUGGGCUCGUCCACGGCUCACUGAAGCACUAGACAACGAGGACCUCGACGUGUUGAGCGACCCAAGACUGGAAAAGAACUAUGUACCGGGAGAAAUGUUCAGAAUGAUUGAAGCAGCAGCAGCUUGUGUGCGCCACUCGGGUAUAAAGAGGCCCCGAAUGAGCCAGGUGGCGAGAGCUUUGGAUUCGAUAAAUGAGUUGUCAGAUUUGUCAAACGGAAUGAAACCUGGUCAGAGUGAAAUCUACGAUUCGAGGCAGCAGUCUGCGCAGAUCAGGAUGUUUCAGAGGAUGGCAUUUGGUAGUCAGGAUUAUAGUUCAGAGUAUUUCAAUCGCAGUCAGAGUAGUUGGAACAGUAAUUCAAGAGAAUACAGGGAAAGAGACCGGAGUUCCUUCAUACCCUGAACUUACACAACCAGAUUUCUCGACGUGAAAAGAUUUGGUUACAGCUGAUUUUGAAGGCGGGAUGGAUGAAGACGUCGACCCAUAUCAUAAUUUUUUUUGCAUCACUGGAUGUUGUUUAGUUCUGUUCAGUGUUGGAAGAACAGCACCAUGUUCGCCUCACCAUUUCAAUGCUUCUUUCUCUCCCACAAUCAGAUCUCCACUGCUUUAUCUUUUUGUCUUUGUAAGUUUUGGCCCUCCCAUUGACGACAUCAUAUUAUUUUUGUUAGCACCUUUUUACUAUCUUCCCCCCCCCCCCCUCUUGUUUAAAAAUCAAUUACUUCUCAUUCAUUUGUUUGUAUGUAUAAAAAGUGAAUACUAAU